AUAAAAUAACAGUAGAAUAAAAAAUUUAAAAUUUAUUAUCUUAUGGUUUAAAAUUUAAACUCUAUUAAACGAUUUUGUUUUGGAUAAAAUAAAAAUUGAAGAGUUUGUGUUCAAUGAAAAGAAGAGUUCUAUAUAUAGUUUGUGUGGAGGAGAGAGAGAAAAAAAAAAAAAUGGCGCGUGGUGAAGUACAGAUGGAUGAAGAAGGUGGAAGACGGGAGAGGCUUGAAGAAUGGCUUCCAAUCACUUCGUCGAGAACCGCCAAAUGGUGGUACUCCGCCUUUCAUAAUGUCACCGCCAUGGUGGGUGCCGGUGUCCUCAGCCUUCCAUAUGCCAUGUCAGAGCUUGGAUGGGGUCCUGGGGUUACCAUGCUAGUCCUGUCAUGGAUCGUCACCCUCUACACAUUAUGGCAAAUGGUCGAGAUGCACGAAAUGGUUCCCGGUAAGCGGUUCGAUAGGUACCAUGAAUUAGGUCAACAUGCUUUCGGCAAAAAGCUCGGGCUCUAUAUCAUCGUUCCCCAACAGCUUACUGUGGAAGUUGGCACAUGCAUAGUCUAUAUGGUCACCGGAGGGAAAUCAUUGAAGAAAUUCCAAGAAUCAGUCUUCCCCAACAGUCCACCAAUCAAGACCACUUACUUCAUCAUGAUUUUCGCCUCCGUCAACUUUGUUCUCUCUCAUCUCCCCAACUUUAACUCCAUUUCUAUCGUCUCCUUGGCAGCAGCUGUUAUGUCCUUGUGUUACUCUACCAUAGCUUGGGGAGCUUCGAUUAAAAAGGGAGUUCAAGAGGAUGUGAGCUACGCUCCGAUAUCCAAAACCACUCCCGGAAACGUUUUUCACUUCUUCAGUGCCUUGGGUGAUGUAGCGUUCGCCUUUGCCGGUCACAAUGUGGUGCUGGAGAUCCAAGCAACGAUUCCUUCGACCCCGGAAAAACCUUCCAAGAAACCUAUGUGGAAAGGAGUGAUAGUGGCAUACAUUGUUGUUGCCCUAUGCUAUCUUCCCGUUGCAGUAGUUGGAUACUACAUAUUUGGUAACAAAAUUCAGGACAACAUCCUCCUAUCGCUCGAAAAACCAAAUUGGCUCAUUGCAACGGCUAACAUGUUCGUUGUUGUCCACGUCAUUGGAGGCUAUCAGAUAUAUGCAAUGCCAGUGUUUGACAUGUUAGAAUCUUGGCUGGUAUUAAAGAUGAAAUUUAAUCCCAGUUCUACCCUUCGUUUCAUAACUCGAACAACAUAUGUUGGAAUAACAAUGUUCAUUGGUAUGACACUCCCUUUCUUUGGUGGUUUGCUUGGAUUUUUUGGCGGAUUUGCUUUGGCGCCUACCUCAUAUUAUAUCCCCUGCAUCAUAUGGCUCAUCAUCUACAAACCCAAAAGAUACGGUUUAUCUUGGUGUGCAAAUUGGUUCUGCAUAAUCUUUGGUGUUUGCUUGAUGAUUUUAGCACCCAUCGGUGCACUGAGGCAGAUCAUUCUUCAAGCGAAGACCUACACAUUCUACUCGUAA